GUUCUGCUGUCUUGUGCCGGCUAGGAAAAGGAAGAGCCUCAAACAUGAGGAAGCUUGCCUUGGUCCUGAUUCUCUGCUCGUGGAGCUUUGCUUUUGGAAAUGGGUGCAGUCAUUCAAGGACAACCCCUGAUUUUGGAGUCCUGUACCACGUCAAAGGAGUCAUCAACCUCCCUUAUGCCGAAAUUGAAGAGCCCUUCGAAGCCUGGUACAACCUUACUGGGAACAAGAGUCGCAUUGAGUACUACAACGGCCAAGUGGUGACCUUGCAACUUGGGAGCACAAAGCCCUAUGGCACCAUGUUUAAGCUCACCCCGCAAACCACGGAGGACAUCGUGAAUGCCGAGAAGUGCUUCCAGCUGAAUGGCACCAAAGAUGGGCCCGUGAAACCGCAAGGCGUCUUUCCCAGCUUUAAAGGCUUCAAGCCCUUAAGGGAAGAAUACUACAAAGGCAAAUACUGCACCGUGUGGCAGAACAUCUCCUACUGGGGCAAGAAGAAGAAUAUCUACACCAUGUGGGUCACCAACAGCAGCUGUGGUGUGUCGCCUGUGCACUACGAGAUGAAGGGCUUCAACACUUUACUGGGGUCCCACUACGACAAGUAUGAAAUAGAUUACACCGACUUCUCCAACAGCUUCCCAGCUUCCGUCUUCGACCUGAAGCCGAACGAAACAAAACUAUGCGAUGAACUGCCCGGCGACUCCUCAGAGCACCACAUCAUGGCAAACCCUAUGGCAGAUUUUGUGGGAGGAGAGGAGGACCGAGCCCACCAAGUGUUCCACCAAUACAGAAAACGAUUUGGAAAGACCUACGACGAUGAACGGGAGAUGGAACACAGGAAGCACACCUUCACGCACAACAUGAGGUUUGUCCAUUCUAAGAACCGGGCCAACCUCUCUUACAAGCUGGCGCUGAACCACUUGGCGGACCUCACCGAGGACGAGAUAGCUGUGAUGAGAGGCAAGCUCAAGACCACAGCGCCAAACAACGGGCUGCCUUUCCCUGAGGAGAUGUACGUGGGCCUAAUCCUGCCAGAGAGCUUGGACUGGCGGCUUUAUGGUGCAGUGACUCCAGUUAAGGACCAGGCUGUGUGUGGCUCCUGCUGGAGUUUCUCCAGCACUGGAGCCCUCGAAGGGGCGCUCUUCCUCAAGACUGGGCAGCUCAUCCCCCUGUCUCAGCAAAUCCUCAUUGACUGCUCUUGGGGCUUUGGGAACUAUGCCUGUGACGGUGGUGAGGAGUUUCAGGCAUUCGAGUGGGUCAUGAAGCACGGCGGCAUUGCCAGCACAGAGUCCUACGGCCCAUACAAAGGCCAGAAUGGCUACUGCCAUAGCAAUGAGACUCAGCUUGUGGGCAAACUCAAAGGCUACGUCAAUGUCACCUCCGGGAACCGUACUGCUCUGAAAGCUGCCAUCUACAAGCAUGGCCCUGUGUCUGUCAGCAUCGACGCCUCCCACCGAAGCUUUUCCUUCUAUUCCAGCGGUGUCUACUACGAGCCCAAGUGCGCAAACAAACGAGGCCAGCUGGAUCAUGCGGUCCUAGCUGUAGGUUACGGUGUCCUCCAAGGCGAACUCUACUGGCUUGUGAAGAACUCCUGGUCCACCUACUGGGGAAAUGACGGCUACAUCCUCAUGUCCAUGAAAGACAACAACUGUGGAGUUGCCACUGAUGCCACGUUCCCAAUCAUGGCAUAACCCAACCUUGUCUUGGGAAGCUCCUUCAGGGAAUCUCAGAGAUGAUACAGUCCAAAUAUAUAUUUUGCUCUCAAUCAGGACCCGCCCCCCAAUAUGCCCCAAACUCCUAAACAUCCCUAACAUAUUUGUUUUCAUGUGCUGAAAUCUUUAGCCACGGGCCUGGAAGAGUUUGGG